AUGACCCCUACCGACCACUGCACCUUCUUCUCUCCAUAUUGUGACCCAGGGUCCUUCUACCUCUACUUGGCAAUCUCCAUCCUACUGAUUGGCGUCGCUGGACUAAUGGCAGGCUUGACCAUGGGACUCUUGUCGCUGGACAUGCUCAAUAUGCGGAUCCUCGAAUUGGAAGGAUCAGACGAGGAGAAGAAAUACGCGAAGCAAGUGCUUCCUGUGCUGACGAAGCACCACUUUCUACUUGUCACGCUCUUGAUCGUGAACGCCAGUGCCAAUGAAGCUCUGCCCAUUUUCCUCAACAAAUUGGUGCCGGAGGCUAUGUCCAUUGUGUUAUCGGUCACCUGUGUGUUGUUUUUCGGGGAAAUUAUUCCAUCGGCAGUGUUUACCGGUCCCAGUCAAUUAAAAAUUGCAGCCAUGCUGUGUCCCUGUGUGCGGGUUUUGAUGGUCCUGACGUGUCCAAUCUCGUAUCCCGUCAGUCGCAUGCUUGACCUAUGCCUCGGAGAUGAUCACGACCCGGCGCAAUACAAACGCAAGGAGAUUAAGGCGCUGGUGACGCUGCAGCGGGAGAACCAUGUUGCUCGACGGAAUUUAAUUGACCACAUGCGUCAAUCGCAGCAGCUUGAAGACACGCCGACGCAUGCGCGCACACUGACGACCAUGUCGGCCAUCCAUGAUAAACAACCGUUGCUGAACCCACACGCAAUGUACGAGAACUCGGCUCAAGGCACGCUAUUGCAUGUGGAUGAAGUCACAAUUAUCCAUGGAGCACUGGACUUGGCGUCCAAGACGGUUACGGAAGUAAUGAUUCCGAUGCAAGAUGUGUACAUGCUUGAAUUGGACACGGAGCUUGGCCCGGACAUGCUGGCAAGCGUAUUGGCUUCUGGACACAGCCGCAUUCCUGUGUAUGAGAAGCACAAGUCGAAUAUUGUGGGUCUGUUGCUGGUAAAGAAGCUUAUUGUGCUGGAUCCAGAUGACCGUCGCCCGAUUCGGGACUUGAUACUUCGCAAGCCAAUACUAGUGGGCCCGAAAGAAUCGUGCUACUCGAUUUUGAACGAGUUCCAAAAGGGUCAUUCGCACAUUGCACUGGUGACUAAGGACGUUGAGCUUGUCUUGGAAUGUUGGAGCUCGGAUGAAGCUAUUCCUGGCACUGUCGUGUUUGAGGGCAUUGUGACGAUUGAAGACGUGAUUGAAGAGCUCAUCCAGGAAGAAAUCGAGGACGAGAGCGACGUCUUUGUGCAUGGCAUUGUGGAUUACUGGCAGACGCGUUAUCGUAAGAUUGUCAAAGGCACCGGAACGACGUUCGUAAAAAAGCGACUUCGCCUCUUGGCAGACCGUGCUCGUCGGCGUGUACGAAGCCGUCGCUCGAAACAGGCGGCGGAAUCAGCCACGGCUAGCUCCAUGAGAUCUGCAGGUUUGCUUCACGUGGACUCUACUACAAAGAUAGAGGUGGUUACCGAGAACACACCGCUUCUAUAG